CAAAUGCCCUCAUCCAACCCUGGAUAGGAGAGCAUUUUCCCUAAACCUGACUAUUUUACCUGACCUUAACCUCAGGCUCUUAACAUGCUAAGAUAAUUCUCCUAUACUGCUACAUGAAUUCUCAUAAACAUGCUACGAAAAAGUCAAUUGUGUUUCAAAGUGGAGUGAAAAUAGUGUCUCUGUGGCAUCCAGCCCACCAGGCUCCUCUUUGGAAAUAGACUUCAAAGAGGAAGUUGGUGUCGGAGAGGUUGAGAGGUGUGUGAGAAUCACUCAGAUACAAUUACAGUUACUCUGUUUCAUACCAAGUCUGUUUUUCAUGUUGAAACAUAAUGUGACAACCAUAUGUUUUGUAUCAAACUCGAAUUUAACAAAUUUAACUCUUGAAGAAAUAAAUAGUGGAUUUCUGUUCAUGAUUUAACUAUAUGUUUAAAUCCCACACACAUUCCCAUUCAGGCCUGGGAGAUAGAGGAGAGGGAGAUGGUUAUAAUGCCUAAAGUUUCAUUUGUUCUAUUUAUCAAUGUGUCGGGGGCGGACUUAGUGAUUUGGGGGCCAGUUUCAAUAUACUGCUGACCUGUCGUACCCCGAGAAAGGGACAUUAAAUACUGAAGAAUUGUUUGAAAAUAAUUUCUCAUCUAUUAGGAAGUACGUCACAGUUGAGAUGUGAGAUGUGCCACAUGAAUUUCAUUACUUUAGUUUGUCAGACCUCACUAUGUGUGUGUUUCUGCUGUAGACAGUUUACGUUACCGUCUAAGGUGAUCAGUAGUGUGAGUUCUCACAUGGCUUGUCCUGAGAACAUGUUUUUUCUCAUUGGCCUCUUUAUAUCAGGUGUUUUGGCCUGCUUUGGUCGACGACAUUUGAUCGCCACAAUGCCAGAUAGACUGGAUGUACUGACGGGCUCCUGUGUGCAAAUCCCAUGUUCAUUUGAUGUUCCUGACACAGAUAAGGAUAAAUUUAACAGCACAAUACUAACCUCUGGAGUGUGGAUGAAAGAUAACCCACAGUUUGGUAAUCAUCCGGACAAUGUGAUAUUUAACAGUAGUGAGAUGGUCAACAGAUAUCAAGGGAAGAUAACUGGAAACAUGUCCCAGAAGAACUGCACCACAGUCUUCUUCAAUGUAACCACCAAUUACACUGAUAAAUACUUCUUCAGGAUUGAGAGUCAAUCAUUCCGUGCAACAGACAUUAGAAAGUCUGUUAAUAUCGUUGUCAGGGAUUUUCCUUCCAGUCCCAUCCUUUCUGUCUCAGGUGAAGUGAAGGAAGGGACCCCUGUCAGUUUGAACUGCUCUGCUGUUGCUCCCUGUCCUGAACACCCCCCUGAGCUGACAUGGACUCUCCCAACACAGUUCACAACUGAGAACCAACUGCAGGAGAAUCCAGACCAAACCAUAUCAGUUCUCUCCACGGUGACCUUCACUCCGUCAUACCUUCAUCAUGGGAAGAACAUCACAUGUACUGCAGUCUACCCAGUAGGGACAAGCAACAAGACAGCUGAACAUAACAUGAUGCUUAACGUUUCAUGGCAAGAAGAGUCAAAAACCUCAGGGGUUGGUUUCUGGUUUCUGGUUUCUGGGGUUGCAGCAGGAACUCUGGGGGCCUUUUUGCUUAUCAGCCUGAUCAGUCUUUUUGUAUGGAGGAGAAACUCGAGGCUCCACAAUGGACUUGAAAGGACAGACAAUCCACAGGGACAGAACUCCCCGGUUGGAACAGUGUGUACUAACCAGGCCACAGCCGGAGAGGAACCAGAGGAACCUGCAGAAGACCAGCCUGAAGAGAUCCAAUACGGUGACAUAGACUUCUCCAAACUACAGACCAAAGAGACCCCAGCUACAGCCCAGGACAGGGUCCAGGGACAGGAGAGUGAGUACGCUGAAGUCAAUGUGACUGGGAAAGGGGCUCAGGAACCACCUCUUAACAACCUAGAUGGGCUUUAUGCACAAGUGAAUAAAACAGGUGGAUGUUAAGUAUUUUGCAAUUGGGUAUUAAGUGUUUUUCUGUGCAGUAUUGUCAUUGUGUAUCUGUUUCUAUUGGUACUUUUGUUACAUUUAUAAUUGUGUGCUCUUUGAUUAUCUGCAUAUUUGUAGAAUUUGCUGUGAUGAAAACUGUUUAACUGUUACUAUAGUGUUGAUAUGAUGAUGCAGGCUACUGUUUAAUUUUGGACCAUUUAUUUUGAGUGUUGAGUUCACAGAGCAUCUGUUUAAUGGGUUCCAGUAUAGAGGAACUGCUGAGUUCAACUAGCUCACUGAAGGCUGUUUAAGACCAUAUAAAGUCAAUGAUGACUGAGGAGAGAAGAGACAGUUAGUUGGAGAGACAGUGGUCUGAUACAAGACAGGAAGUUGGUGCAGUAAGUCUACAUGACGGCAGAAUGGUGUUAACAUUUACUAGUCACUGUUUAUCUUCAUAUUUUGUGCAGUUCCCAGAAUAACAAUAUCAUCUACUUUCAAUUUAUAUCUAUUUAGAAGUUAUCGCGUCAGCUUUUAUGUUGAGUGUUAAAUUGAAGAAACAAAUGAGACUGAAUUUAUUAAGGUUGUUUAUUAAUUGCCCUGCAAUAAACCUUUACAUUCAA